AUGGCGGGUAUACCUAAUCUACCGACUGAAUCCGAGACGUCUCGUGUUGAACCCUUUACCGUCCCCAAUGGCGUGACAAAUGGUACUUCACAGACCAAUGGCGUUAGUGGCUCCUCUGAUGACAUUGUUACCGAUGUUCUCAUCAUUGGCGGCGGCUUCGGUGGCAUGUAUGGCUUGUACCAGUUGCGUCAGCUCGGACUUAGUGUGACUCUUUUCGAAGCGGGCUCCGACUUCGGGGGGACAUGGCACUGGAAUCGCUACCCAGGCGCCCGAGUCGACAGCGAAACGCCUUUCUAUAGCCUUUCAAUUCCCGAGGUCUAUAAGGAUUGGACAUUUACAGAACGUUAUCCUGAUCACGCAGAGCUGAGACGGUAUUUCAAGCAUGUCGAUAAGGUUCUCGACCUGAGGAAAGAUGCACAUUUCAGUACGAUCGUUGUGGAAGCUAGAUAUUCUCCGGAACAGGCUCGCUGGCACGUAAGGACCGAGGAUGGUCGCCUCGCCAAUGCAAGAUAUCUCGUCUCCGCAACAGGCUCAUCUUAUAAAAAACAUUUCCCAGACUUCAAGAAUCUUGACAGCUACAAAGGCAAAUUAAUCCACAGCGCUGCAUACCCGGAGACCGGCCUCGACUUCAAGAACAAGAAAGUUGCAAUAAUCGGCUCGGGUGCGACGGGGGUGCAACUUGUACAAGAAAUAGCACAAGAAGAUUGCGACUUGACAGCAUUUGUGCGCACGCCUAACAUAUCCAUACCGAUGAGGCAACGCAAGCUGACCCAGGAAGAGCAAGACUCGAUGAAAUCUUAUUACCAUUCACUCUAUUACUCUGCUAAAAGAUCUCGAACGGGAUUUCCAUACCAUGCAGCCCCAAAAGGCUAUCACGAAACUACGCCCAAAGAACGCCAUACAUACUACGAACAGCUAUGGAAAAGAGGUGGUUUUAGCUUUCUACUGUCUUGUUAUCCGGAGUUCUUCGUCGACCGCGUUUUAAAUCGCGAGAUCUAUCAGUUUUGGGCAAGUAAGACACGCGAAAGGAUCAGGGAUCCUUUUAAGCGUGACAUCAUGGUACCCUUGGAACAGCCACACUGGCUUGGAACCAAGCGUGGCUCCCUCGAACAGAACUAUUACGAGAUGUUGGAUCGUGAUAACGUUACGGUUGUGGACUUGAAGCGAACACCGAUUAUCGAGUUUGAAGAGACGGGCAUUCGCACCUCAGAAAAGCUAUUGGAGUUCGAUAUUAUUAUCUUUGCUACUGGAUACGACGCUCUCACUGGUAGCCUCAAGGAUUUAGGUUUAAUUGACACAGAUGGUGUCCCACUGAGAGAGCGAUGGAGUACGGGCACAUAUACCUACCUAGGCUUGUCGAUUCCAAAACUUCCUAAUUUCUUUAUGGUUUACUCGCCGCAGGCACCAACACCUCUGGCAAAUGGACCUGCCAUCAUCGAGAUACAGGUCGAAUGGGUUGCGAAUGCCAUUUGUAAGAUGGAACAAACAGGCGUCAAGUAUAUUGAUGCACAGAAGAGCUCCGCCGAGCGUUGGCGGGAGGAGAUUCAGAAGUUCAGCGAUCAGACUCUAUUCCCGGAGUCGAAGAGUUGGUACAUGGGGUAA